UCUUAUAUCUUCAUGUAAAGUUAAAAUUAAUGUUCAACUAUCGGUCAGUGCAUUUAUUGCCAACAUUUCUCAAACUUGUUUUGCCAGUAUUUUGCAAGAUGGAAUUAAUUUACGGCAUCGCAUGUUUAUUUGUCAGUUUAGUUUUGUUUCCUGUGUCAAGCUUCUCAGAUGAUCCAGAUACACAGAAAUUAUUAGCCAUCUUAGCUGAGCAACGCCAUGAUAUUUUGCAGUUGAAAGAAACGGUGUUGCGCGUAGAAAAUGACAACAAAGAACUAAACAAGGAAAUUCAUUCUCUCAAAGGGAAAAUAGAACAUCACACAAGCCAUAAUGCUAGCACUGCAAAUAUGUCUCCACGACACAAAAGACUAUUGCUUGAUCCAUUGAAUGAAUACACAGAAAACCAAAGAGUAGCUUUCACCCCCAACUAUCAAAAACACAUGACGAACCUUGGCAACAACCAACCAAUAGUUUUUGACGCAAUCGUGACGAACGUUGGACAGCACUACUCUCCAAACACUGGCGUAUUUACUGCACCAACCAAUGCCACUUUCUAUUUCUUUGCGAGUAUUAUGAGCCACUCCGGUAAGGCACUCGAGUCUGAGAUAGUCAAGAAAGGAGUAAGAUGGUGAAGAUGUAUUCAUAUGA